GUGCGAUAUUUUACAGCCGACAGCGGCAUCCGUCCCCUCUUUGGCAUUGUGGGGAGACUGCAUAACGUUCGACCGGUUCUUUUUGACCUUUGCAAUUUAAACAAACCAUCCUCAUUCUCGAAACCACACUUUCACUUCCUCCUAUUGUACUUCUACGAAACUGGGAAGAUCGGCGCGACAUCUAUCAUCAGCCAACUUUCCGAUCAAAAACCAGCAAGUUUGAUCAUUCAAACCAAUUAUCCUUCAUCGGCACACGAUCCACCCCAGCCGUCCUUGUCUAGCUCUGCUUUAGACAGAACAGAAAACUGUUGGACUUGCACUCAUCAGCGAAACUUUGCCAGCUCGCGUCUACGUUUUCGAUCUUCUACGCGCAAGUCGUACAAGGCUAUCCAGGAGCUAGACAGUGUCAGCACCAACUAUUCUAAACGACCUACGUACGCAAGAGAGGUUGCAAAUCACAAAGCGCUCAUCCGCAAGCGAUUACGAUAGAUUAUCUUUAACUCAUACCUUCUAUUCGCCCCAAGGCUUUACCCCACGACACCUGCCAUUUACCCCGUUCGCCCCUCGGCUCUCCGCAAAACACCGGGUGUGUGUGUAUGUGUAAAAUACACAGUUUGGAAAAGGACAUUUGCUUGUAACGCGUCGCGAGAUACAAGACACAUCUAUUACCACGCGUUACUACUGCGAUAGGGGACAGGAACCACCUUUAAUCUUUAAUCUGGUUUUGGCGAAGAAGGUGAGCGCGUCGGAUCUACUUUGUCGUCAGAUUAAUUCUUCCUUCCAUAAAGACGCAGCCUUGCGCUCGACAAAUCACUAUUCUAUUUCAAACCGGAACCGAACGGAUAGUCGACUAUUUGAUUUGGUUUUUUCCGGCGACGAUUGCGCCCUCCAACAGACUUUCAUCUUUAGAAGCACCAUCUUGGGUUCAAUUCACUCCAAUCGCUGCAUCGUGACUUUCUGAGAAGCACAACUGGAUAUCAUGGUUUAUACGGAGCCAGCACCGAUAUCGACACCUCCCCUCAUUUCCCCCGCAAAGGAGCCGCAGGCUUGGCGCAAGGCGCAUAAUUCCACCAAUGUAGACGAUUUAGACGCAAAUAUGGCUUCUGCUCCUAUCCAUACAAUCCCUCGUCGGUCCUCCUCCAGCUCCUCUUCUCCUCAGCGCACCAUCCCUCACAUCCCCCGACAUCACAGUGCCGGACGGCAUUCAUUUGUCAUUUCAAAACCCCUAGAAGGCUUACCGCGGCGGUCUGGCAAUUCUCCACGACCGUCAAUAUCUGGGCUACCGCCUGCUGGUGAGGGUAGUGCUUUAGGAAUCAAGCUUCAUGGAAGCCCUAACAAAUCCCCUCUGUCGCCAGGGCCAAAGGAUCUAGGCUCACCCUCAACAGAUGGGAACGAUGCUUCCUCUUUCAAAGGACAGGUCAGCCACGGCGAUUCAUCCUCCCAUGUUAUCAGUUUUGAUCCCAAUUUCCAACCACCCAAAAGAGACUCACCAACUCGCAAUCCUCUUUCUACGUCGCCUCGCCCCGGCGCUCCUCAACGGAAUUCUGGACCGGGGCAUGUCCGAGGGGGCCAAGGAGCCACGGGCUCCCUUCAGAUCCCAUUUCCAAGUUCUGCUUCUACGUCUGAAUUACCCUCCGGGCCUUCAUCCUUAUCCACUGUCCGUCCAAGCGCUGCCAUGAUCAGAAAGAAGUCGGGUGAGAUUGUCAAACCAUCACUCAAGCCGCGUUCAUUAUCUACACCAGAUCUUAUGCGUCAAGGUCAGGAGUCUCCCACGGACACUAGUCCCAACUCCUUCGGUACCGAGAGAUCAAAAAGUGUCCGAUUUGCUGACACAAGUCAAGGUGAUGCCAAGGCUUUGGAAAGCGUUGUGCUGUUUCUGCGUGAACAGAAGGUCACUGCAGUGGGAAAAGCGGCGGAUCCUGACAAUGCUCAGCUUACUGAGACGGAGACGGAGAAUGACACCGAUGCUUCUGACUUUGUACAGUUCCGUACUAGGAAGAAUGCUGCUGCCCGGGCUGCGGAUGAAGCCAACCAGAUCCAGCUCUCUGGGGCGAGUAGAGUGCCUAGGAAGAGGACCGAUUUCUCUCCAGACGCGCGGGGCAGUUUGGCAGGAGAGAAUGUAAUUUUGGAGAGGGUAGAGUUGCAAUCAAGCACUGGCUUAACAUUGAGGGGCAGCGUUAUCGUUCGAAAUGUGGCUUUCAGGAAAUGGGUAGCCGUCAGAUUUACAUUGGAUCAAUGGCAGACUGUAUCUGAGAUUGCUGGUACCCAUGUGUGUCACAUCCCAGCUAGUACUACCGGUGAUGAAGGCUGGGAUAGGUUCAGUUUUUCCAUCAAGCUGGAAGAUUACAAGCGCAAAAUCGAUGAGCGCCAAUUAGUCCUCUGUGUGCAUUACUCCGUCGAGAACAAGGACUGGUGGGAUUCAAACGAUGGAAUGAACUAUUCCUUCACCUUCAAAAAGUCUGCGCCUAGACGAGCUUCCCGCAACUCUGGCCCUACCAGUCUUGGUGGCAGCUAUUUCGAUGAUGGUGAUUUCACAUCUUCUCUCCCGGGUCUUAGAAAGGGCAACACCCUUCCACCAUCUUCUCAAAUAAAAAAGGUCUUCGGUAGCAAGGACAGUAAAGCAUCUGCCGGAUCCUCCCAUUGGACGUUUCCUAGGUUAUUUCCCAAUUUUAACAAACAUGAUGCCCCGCCACGCUCCGAUUCGCCCGUGCAGAGCCCUCCUCCUAACUCUGCGUACGAGCCACCCGCUCCUCCAACAGUUCAUGCCCAUCUAUCUCUUUCAAAAUACUGUGCCCCUUCUCCCCCGCAGUCGCCGUCUAAAGAACAGCCUACACAGUCCCUCACUUUCCAUGAUCCUCAUCAUCCUCCUCAACGAUCAAGUAUGGACGUCGUGGCAGGCAACUAUGCCACCAUAACUUCUGAUCUUCAGCCUCCUGUCUGCGAGCGCAGGAGCAGUUGGAAUGGAGAGGCUAGUAGCUGGGACUGCUCGCGAGCUACGGACAAUCCCGACGGGAAAAGGCCUGACGGUGACAAGACCCCUGUGGCAGUGGCAUCUCGCUCACCCGUCAUUUCGCCGAAUGUACGCUCCCCAGAUCUUUCGCCCCACAAACCCUUGACUCUGAAGCGUUCCACUGGCAAUUUGCGCAAAUUGGUUGAGGACGCGGAAGAUGAGAAUGGCUUGAUGACCCCCCCUUCGUCCAAGGGGUCUUCCCCGCCUACGCCUGUUCAUGCCAAUUUGCCACCUGACCUCAUCUAUACCUCACCCGCGUCUACUGGGGACACGUCAUCGGUUAAUACCCUGAGCACCGAGUCUACUCCUGAUUCAGCCAGUCUUUCCAUUGACACUGAACCCCAUGUUGAGGAACGAGGGAGAACUGGACAUCCUAAUGACCACAAGUUCUUUAGUGCCAAUAGCUAUCAAGAAUUUCUCGAUAAAUUCUGUUUCUUCCAGUCCCCUCGCAUGACUCCCAAUGAACUAGAACCAAUGAGUCGACCAUCACACAUCCCUAUCUCCGGAAGCAAUUCCCCCAAUGGCUUCCCUUUUUUCGGUCAUUCCAAUGCCAGCCACUCCCCUCGUAGCACUCCUACUCCUACAAGGCAUUACAAUUCGGCACAGGAAGCUUUCGGCUUCAGUGCACCUUCUGAAGACGUGACCCCCACCAAACGAGAGUCUUUGAUGCCGCACAUGGCCCACCCUCAGCCUGUACAAGACUCUUCCGUCUCCCAGAUUGUUAGCGGCUAUCACGCAAACCCUGCCGACACCAUGGCUUGGGCUCAACAAAUUCACAGCAAUAGUGUCUCCCCCUCUCUGGCCGCCGCCAAAUGAUUCUUCCGCCCGUAUGGUCGUGUCCGCGAACCUUGUCCAUUUCUUCCUCAAAAGGCACAUUGUUUUGUGCUUCAUAUUUCUCUGUACCAUUAGACAUCACUUAUCUUGCUCUUUUAGCAUGUUUUUUUCAGUGACUUUCUGAUCGACGUAUUGUUUAUCGUUUAUGGCACCAUCCUCCCCUACCCUAUCACUGUAUAGCUCUUCAACGUCUCGUUUCGUCUUUCUCAUACAUUAUUCACUGUCAUAGUUUUUAAGGGUUUAUCAUGUAGCUAGAAUAUCAUAACAUUCUUUCAUUGUAUAAUAGACAGUCGCCUGUCUCUGCGUGGGGCAGUAUCGAUUCUAGAUAAGUGUCAAAUGGAAGGACAGUCAGGAUCCAAAAUGCAGACUUUCA